CCAUUAAUGGCGGCCAUGCACGAGGAUGACUCUCCCGACUUGAGAGAGGUUGCGAGAAUUCUACGAGAAAAUCUCGAGAUUCAAGAUGUUCCACUAAGGGCUCGAAGAAUGAUAGUAAGAGUAUGUGAUAUUGUGACGAGGAGAGCUGCUAGGCUCGCCGCAGCGGGUAUUGUGGGUAUAUUGAAGAAAAUAGGAAGAGAUGGGAGUGAUGGAGUCUGUAGUGGAAGAACAGAAGGCAAAUCUAGAAGAACUGUGAUUGCCAUGGAGGGAGGGCUUUAUGUUAGCUAUGCACUGUUCAGGGAAUAUUUAAAUGAAGCUGUGGUGGAAAUUGUGGGUGAAGAAAUUGCUCAAAAUGUUGUUCUGAGGACUUGUGAGGAUGGAUCAGGUAUUGGUGCUGCUCUACUCGCUGCCUCACUUUCAUCAAAACAAUGAAGAUGCCUGUGUAAAUAGAUUAAUUCAUGUGCAAAUAUUUUAAAAAAAAAUUACAUGAUUAAUAUGUUUAUAUAGUAAACAUCAUCUCUUAUUUGCUUAUUGUAUUAUUUCAUUGUUUGCGCAGAAGAUUAUUGUCCUUUGUUUUUAAGUGAGGAAUCAAUUGAUCAGUAGAAUUUAGGUUCAUUUGAGAAAA